AUGCCCGGUAUGUGGCAGAGAACUGAACAGCCUUACAAACCUCAACGUCUCGUUGCAAUGCAGCAUGAUAGGAGAAACAAAAAGACCUUGUACCUGACACCGCAAAUCACCUAUUGUUCUAAUGUUCCAUUGGCGUUGAGACAUCAUAAACAUCCCGGGAUGCGAAGACUCUCACCUGUAUUUGCAGCUGAGCGCGACGAAAGCGCUCGCGAUGAGCCCGGAACAGAGGACUACCAGCGAAAUGGAGAUGAAAACCAUCCGACGAUGGAAGCUACAAUCGAUAAAUUCAAAGCGGUGCCGGCCCUUACGAGUCUGUCGUGGGAAGCAGAGCCUGACGGGGUACUCACUAGACGGGCCCAACGACGAUAUACGGGAUUACGACUCCUUUCCGAUUCCAAUCCGAUAAAUUUUAAGUUUCCGCUUCGAUUAUUUUAUACAACUACAAACUAUACAUUGGGAGGAAAAGGAUACGAGGACGUUUUGGUUAGUGGGUUGGAAACACUGCGAUUACGCUGCUUGGUUAAGGGUAUGAGCGCACUCGAGAGGACAGAUGCGCGUGUCGGUUUACAAUAG